AUGCAUUUCGACCCUUCCUCGACGUCGCUGCCAAAGCGCUCGGAGUUGCCCCAAAUCCCAGGUGCCCCCGAGGGAGCAGCCUGGUUCUGGGGAAAGGAUGAUGAGCUUGGACGUCUCAAUCUCCUCACGCCCGAGCGCGUCGCCAAAGCUGCAGGGUUGAUCAAAAGCGGCGAGGUCGUCAAUCUCAAUUGGCGUGUCGACUAUCCCAACCCCCCGGCCUUUGGGAGACAGAAAUUCAAGCACACCAUUUCACCCCUGGGUGAGGCCGGGUUCGACGACCUGUACGACAUGAACACCCAGAGUGGAUCGCAAUGGGACGGGUUUCGACAUGUCGGACUCCAUCACGAUGGCGGCGUAGUCUUCUAUAACGGGCUCACCAAGGACGAAAUAUACAACACCGCCCGGUGCGGGAUGCAGGCGUGGGCGCAGCACGGAAUAGCCGGCCGCGGCGUCCUUAUCGACUACUGGGGCUACUCCGGCGGGAACUACGACCCGGUCAGCUCGCACCGGAUCCCGCUGAGCGAGCUGCAGGCGUGCGCCAAGGCACAGGGCGUGACGUUCCAGCCGGGCGACAUCCUGCUGGUGCGGUCGGGGUUCGUGGGCGCGUACAACAAGCUCGGCGAGCAGGAGCGGGCGCACCUGGGCACGCUGACCAUCCCGGAGCACACGUUCGCGGGCGUCGAGGCCACCGAGGCCAUGCUCGACUUCCUGCACGACAACUACUUCGCCGCCGUGGUCGGCGACGCCCCGGCCUUUGAGGCCUGGCCCGUCCAGCAGCUCUCCCUGCACCAGUACCUCCUCCCGCGCUGGGGCGUGCCCAUCGGCGAGAUGUGGGACCUCGACCAGCUCGCUGAGACCUGUCGCCAGAAGAAGCAGUACUCGUUUUUCAUGUCGAGCGCUCCGGCGAAUGUGCCCGGUGGUGUCGGGAGCCACCCUAACGCCAUUGCGAUAUUCUAG